UGAUGUUAGGAACCCCUGCGACAAGGCACGUCAGUGUAUCCUUGGGGGGCGGCAUUGUAAGCGUGCAACUCGUGCCCCACACCACCGCCACCGUCGUGUGUCAGCUCCUCAACGACUGGGUCGUCGUCGUCGAUGUAUUGCGCCCCCAAGUGCUGCAACUGCACACCGUUUUACGAGGCGACCCUCGCCUGAACACGAACGUGCCACGCUUCCAUGCCGAUCCCACCAUGUACUCCAACGGCGAAGAGGGACCGUGGACGUCGUCGCAUGUGCUAUCUGCGCGGACAGAGGCGUCGUACUUGAAACUGCACCGGUGCAUGGGCUCUUUCGUGUUUGAUGGCGCCGUCUUCGCCACGGGGUUCGCCAGUGACAACGGUCUGUAUGCGAUAGACAUGCAAUCCCCACCUUCAGCCCACCCCGCCGCCAAGGACAAGGACAAAACGGAACCGCCGACGUUUCACAUGCUGCGCCGCCUUCGCAUCCCCAUGGACCAGAUGGUCACGGCCGUGGCGGCGCAUCCAGUGUCCCAUGUGAUUGUGUGCGGGAUGCAGACGAAUGCAUUGGCCGUUCUUGGGCCCGUCGCUUCGGAUGAAUCUACUACCAUGACGUGAUUGAUCGUAAUAAGUCCAUUGUGUAACGAACGUACG